CUUGUAAUAUAGCAUUAUAUGCUAUUAAGAACGCAGGAUGACUUUAUUAAGUUCUAUUCUACAGAGACAGCUGGGUUCCAAGCAGUUUAAGUCUCGUACCCCUGUAGAUUUUGCUAUAAAGUCAUUUUCAUGUCACAGAGUGGAUGAACAUAUUGUUCGUGGAAGAGAUGAUGAGAUGGAGGUGCCGCCAUUUGCUUCUCAGUUCAGUAAGAGUGAAUUGGGGGGACAUUUAUUAGCGACAGCAGAUGAAGAUGGUUCUGUCAAACUUUUUGACACCAGAAAAUAUGGCUAUCGAUCUAUUAUAAGAGAAUGGACAGCACAUUCAAAUGCAAUAUUUGACAUAGCAUGGAUGGAAGGAGAAGCAAAACUAGUAACCGCUUCAGGUGAUCAGACUGCGCUGCUUUGGGAUGUUGAGAAUGGGAAGUGUCUUUCAAUAUUCAGAGGCCACAGUUCUAGUCUUAAAUCAGCAAACUUCAGAGAAAAUGAUAUUUUUACGUUCUCUACUGGAUCACGGGAUGGUAACAUUAUGGUAUGGGAUAUAAGGUGUAAUAGACCAGUGGGCGAUGGUUUUUAUAAACCUGUUAUAACGAUACGUAAUGCACAUACUGUGCAAAUAAACACACCUCAGAGAGUAAAGAAGAGAUCAAGAAGGGCUAGCGUGGCUAAGCCUGUCGCAGAUUCCCAGCAGUCAGUAACGGCAGUUUUAUUCCAAGAUGAGAACAAACUAAUAUCCGCAGGUGCAAUGGAUGGUAACAUCAAGAUAUGGGACUUGCGCAAAAAUUAUAGUAAUUUACGCUGUGACCCCAUGCCUUGUCAUGUGUUCCCUUAUCCUGGAAAUGAACCGCGCAAACAUGGGUUUUCAUCUCUGGUUCUCGAUUCACACCAAUCAAACCUUUUUGCCAGUUGUACUAAUGACAAGAUCUACAUGUAUGAUUGUACAGUCUUGAAGGAAAACCCUGUCCAUUUAUUCAAUGGUCAUCUUAACUCUACCUUCUACGUCAAAUCAGCUCUCAGUCCUGAUAAUACCUAUCUGUUGAGUGGUUCUAGUGAUAACAAUGCUUAUAUCUGGAGAGUUGAUGAACCAAAGGCUGCACCUUUUGUUCUCAAAGGACAUGAAGGGGAAGUAACAAGUGUGGCAUGGUGUCCUGUUGACCUGGGAAAGGUGGUGACAUGUUCAGAUGACAACAAUAUACGCAUCUGGAGAAUGAAUUGCAACCAAGUAACAAGGGCGGAGACAGAUUUUGUUGGUAAAUGUGAGCAAUCUGAACCAAGACCUUGUUCACCUCAACAACCAAUGGACAUUUGCAGUCCUAGUCAUCUAUGCAACACACCGUUAUCUUCACCAGCUGUCAGCCCAGCCCACCUAUCAUCAUUAUGUACUCCCACACGUCUUAACAGAGGUAGACAGUUAAAUGCAUUUAACAGUCCUGGUGCUAUGGUUCAUAAUGGGUCCACUGGUGUCCAAGCAUCAAAAACAAAAUUCCCCUUUGACAAGAUCCCAGACAAGCCAGAAGUUACUCUUGCUCAAGGAACACCCUGUAAGACAAAACUUAUCCAGCCUUCAUCACCUUGCCAUACCUUUCCUUCUACCCCGCUCUCACCAGCAACAACCCCCGGUCAAAGAAAGCAAGGGUCACUAAGAACAUGGCUUAAGACGACGCCUAAAAAGACACCAAAAGAAAAUAUACUCCCCAAUACUCCUGAUGGCCAAAAACCUUCUAAAUUAGUAAAAAAUGAAAGGAUUACACCAGUAAAGAACAAACGUUUAAAUAAUGGAGUACUGCCUGAAAAUGAAUCAAAUGAAGAUAUGAAUGGGAAAAGUGAAGAAAUGAAUGAAAGUGAAUGUUUAUCACGUUUGCAAGAAUGCUCUACAGAUGACUCCCCUGCAAGGAAGAGACAGUGUAUCACUGGACCAUCGAGCUUCAGUGAAAAUAACCCCAGGAACAACUCACUAUUAAAUAAGGGUGAAAAUAAUGUUGAAUGUUAUAUAAUUGAUGAUGAUGAGAAAGAAAAUAUAGACACUGGAAAUCUCAACCCCAUUACUCAAGGAUUUGAAAAAGUUGUGGACUUUAGUAGUGUGGAUAAAAGUAUAAAAAGGUCAGAUACUUGGGUCAUUAAAUGGAAAAAUACAGAAUUGACUUGUAAGAAGGCAUCAGGGGAAGCUGAUGAGCAAAUAACUUGUGAGGACAUACCUAAGCUGGUUACAGUGGGAGAAAACAUCCUGAAGUAUUUUAAGCAAAUUCCAAGUCCAGCCAAGGAAAGUUAAUGAACUAUACCAUUAGUUGUACAAUGAAAAUAGGUCUACCUAUUUAGCUUAAUGUUGUCCUAUUUCAAACCACAUGUUAUUCCCUAGAGUAUCAUUUCUUUGUCUAAUGGUUAUGCAUGAGAAGACACAUGAAUAUGGAUAAUAUAAAGAAAGAAUUUCAUUCUCAAGAGAAUAACAUGUAGUCGAAUGGAAAACAUUAAACCCAAGCUGAAAAGGUCUACUGGGAGUAAAUACCAAAUGUACAUUGUACAAUUUAAAUACUACAAUAAAGGAAUUAUAGAUAAUCUAAAGUAAGCACUAUAAAUAGAAUACUUUGAUUGUACAUGAAAGCUAGUUUUUAACAUAUUUUUAUGAUAGUUUGUAAAUAAUAUAUUAAAUUGCUAAAGCAAGGCCAUGUUGUAUGUAAAU